AUGUUGGAUAAAGCGCUAGAUAGCACAUCAAAAGAGCUAAAAAGAGAAAACAUAGCCCACUUUUUGCAGGACUUGUGCAAGGGUUUAGAUUCUGAGUCUAUAAAGAUUGAUGAAAUUGUUGAUACAAUUUUGAAAGGUCUACCAGCCACUUUGACUGUAGAGGAGCUUUACACGUUUACUUCAGAAGUAAUAGCUAGUAGAGUGAUAUAUCAUCCAGACUACUCUAUACUAGCUGGGAGGGUAGAGGUGGCGUUUCUCCAUAAACAGAUUCCCUUUUCAUUCAGUGAAAAUGUCGAGAGGCUAAGAAAUUAUAAACCAAUGGAGGGAAAAGUUUAUUGCCCAGUUUCUCAAGAGUUUUAUGAAAUCGUUGUUAAGAAUAAACAGUUUUUUGACAGCAUUAUUGUCCUGGAGAGGGAUUUUGACCUUGUAUAUUUUGGUAUCAAAACGUUGCAAAAUUCAUACUUGUUAAAAAUCAAUGGUAAAGUUGCCGAGACGCCGCAACAAUUGUUUUUGAGAGUAUCGAUUGGAAUCCAUAUGACGGAUCUUGAUUCCAUUAAAGAAACUUAUGACUUGAUGUCUCAAAAAUACUUUAUACACGCGCUGCCGACUUUAUAUAAUGCAGGUAGUCAGUUCAACUACUUAUCUUCCUGUUUUCUAAUGGCGAUGAAGGAUGAUUCAAUAGAUGGAAUCUACAAAACUUUACAUGAAUCGGCACUCAUAUCAAAAGCUUCUGGAGGGAUUGGUAUUCACAUUCACGACAUUAGGGCGAGUGGUUCCUACAUUGCAGGCACAAACGGUACUUCUAGUGGGUUGGUACCGAUGUUGCGAGUGUUCAACAAUACAGCAAGGUAUGUUGAUCAAGGGGGAGGCAAAAGACCAGGAGCUUUUGCUAUAUACGUAGAGCCAUGGCAUGCAGAUAUAUUUGAUAUACUAGAUACGAGAAAGAAUCAUGGCAAUGAAGAGCAACGUACGCGAGACUUGUUCUAUGGCUUGUGGAUUCCUGAUUUAUUUAUGCAACGCGUUAAAAGCGGUGGUGACUGGUCGUUAUUCUCGUCAUAUGAAGCACCAGGUUUAAGCGAUGUGUUUGGCAAAGAGUUUAUAGAGCUUUAUGAAAAGUACGAGAAACAGGGUUUAGCACGUCGAACUAUCAAAGCGCAAAAGUUAUGGUUAGCGAUAUUGGAGUCUCAAACGGAAACGGGCGGACCAUUUAUGCUAUACAAGGAUGCUUGCAACGAAAAAUCGAAUCAAAAAAAUUUGGGUACAAUAAAGUCCUCCAAUUUGUGCUGUGAAAUUAUCGAGUACUCUUCUCCAGAAGAAACGGCCGUAUGCAAUCUCGCGUCCUUGGCAUUACCUUCGUUUUUACAAACUUUAGGAGAAGGCAUAGAAUUUGAUUUUCCAAAAUUGCAUUCCGUUACUAAAGUGGCAACUAGAAAUCUAAACAAGGUGAUUGAUGUAACUAAAUAUCCAGUAGAGUCAGCUGCAAGAUCAAACAAAAAGAAUCGUCCUGUUGCAUUAGGUGUACAAGGUUUGGCUGACUUAUUUUUAGAGUUGAGAUUACCAUUUGACUCUCCACAAGCCAAGAAAUUGAAUAUACAGAUAUUUGAAACAAUAUACCAUGCUGCAGUAGAAGCAUCUGUUGAAAUGUCUAUUCAAGACGGUCCCUAUAGCACAUUUGAAGGAUCCCCGGCGUCACAGGGAAAGCUCCAAUUUGAUCUCUGGGACCAUACUCCUUCAGAGUUGUACGACGAUUGGAAUACUUUAAAGGAUAAUGUGAUCAAACAUGGUAUGAGAAACUCGCUAUUGAUAGCCCCUAUGCCAACUGCUUCCACUUCUCAGAUUUUGGGAUUUAGUGAAUGCUUUGAGCCUUACACUUCAAAUUUAUUCAAUCGUCGAGUAUUGUCUGGAGAGUUUCAAGUUGUUAACAAGUACUUGAUAAAAGAUUUGAUAGAUUUAGGUAUUUGGAAUUCUGCAAUGAGAAGUAAGAUUAUUAUGGAUGGUGGUUCCGUACAAGGCAUUAAAAUUAUACCCGAUGACUUAAAAAAACUAUACAGAACAGUUUGGGAACUUAAACAAAAAGAUAUCAUUGACAUGGCAGUAGAUCGAGCCAAAUUUAUAGAUCAGCUGCAAAGUAUGAAUAUUUACCUUCAAAAUCCAACAAUAGGUAAGUUGACCAGUUGUCAUUUCUAUGCUUGGGAAAAAGGAUUGAAAACAGGUAUGUAUUAUUUGCGCACACAAGCUGCUUCAAGAGCAAUUCAAUUUACGGUAGACUGUGAAAAAGCGGCUCUGGUAAAUGAACAAGAAAUGACAAAGAAAAACUUGAAACGGAAAAAGUAUAUUGAGACAGCACUGGUUAAGAAAUACAAGUCCCUGGACUAUGGCACGCCUGAUUCGGAAGUGUCCAUCGAACUGCACCUGGAACUGUACGAUAUACAUGAUUCUACCCCCAUAGCUUGUGAUAUUAGAGACCUGGAAGGUUGUGAGUCUUGUUCUGCUUAG